CCAAUAUUGUCGCCACGUGAUAUAAAAACUUGUUCCGGGUUGCUUGAUGUAGCGUUGUACACCGUGGGAUACUUUGCUACUACUUGUAGAGUGUGUUUUUGUCGUCAACAUGGUGAAGUUAUCUGCGGAGCUUAUUGAGCAGGCUGCUCAAUAUACCAACCCCGUGAGAGACAGAGAGUUGGACUUACGAGGUUACAAAAUCCCAGUACUUGAAAAUCUUGGUGCUACUCUGGAUCAGUUUGACACAAUAGAUUUCUCUGAUAAUGAAGUCAGAAAAUUGGAUGGUUUCCCUUUGCUCAAAAGACUGAAAACAUUGCUGAUGAACAACAACAGGAUUUGUCGCAUAGGAGAGAAUCUGGAGCAGUCUUUACCCAGUCUGACAGAACUCGUCCUCACAAACAACAACAUUCAGGAACUGGGUGAUCUGGACCCACUGGCCUCAGUGAAGACACUGACCCUGCUCAGCUUAUUAAGAAAUCCAGUGACGAACAAGAAGCAUUACAGGCUCUACGUCAUCAGCAAAAUCCCACAGAUCCGAGUACUAGACUUUCAGAAAGUAAAACUCAAGGAACGCCAGGAAGCGGAGAAAAUGUUCAAGGGCAAACGGGGUGCUCAACUUGCAAAGGAUAUUGCCAGGCGAACAAAAACAUUCACUCCUGGAGCGGCAGCACAGCUGGAGAAAAAGAGGAUAGGGCCAUCUCAAGCUGAUGUGGAAGCCAUCAAGAAUGCCAUUGCUAAUGCUUCGUCGCUGGCGGAGGUGGAGAGGUUGAAGGGGAUGCUGCAGGCUGGUCAGAUUCCUGGCCGUGAUCUCAGACAAGGUUCCACUGUGAUGGAGGAGGAGGAAGAGGAAGAGGAUGACUCUGCACAGAAUGAGGCACAUAUGGGUGGCACUUCUGGAGAAGAAAUGAUUGAGGAAGAUCAAGUGGAGGAUGAUAAAAAUAUGGAGGAAGAGGCGCAUAUCAAUGGAUCCUGAGUUUGCUGAAAGCAUUUUUUUUUCUUACAUAUAUUUACCAUGGUUUUUAUUUUGUGAAAUUAGAUUAAAUUGAUUUUUUUAACUGUUUUGAAUUGGACCAGUUUCUACUAGAAUAAAAUAAAGUAAUUCUAACACCUAA